AUGGAUGAUUUGUCAGCAUACUAUUUUCACUCUAAUCCCCCGUCGAUCGUUACUCCUCCGCCGCCAGGAGUGGCUCCGAUUUCAAUCCACUCCGUCUACUUGCCUACGCAAGCCUCAAUCGGUGGUCGUGAUGAGGUUCGUACGCUUUUCGUCGCCGGACUUCCCGAAGACGUCAAGCCCCGGGAGAUCUAUAAUCUCUUUCGCGAGUUCCCAGGAUAUGAGACUUCGCAUCUCCGGGCCUCCGAUGGAGCUAAGCCCUUCGCAUUUGCUGUGUUCUCGGAUCUCCAAUCAGCUUUAGCGGUGAUGCACGCUCUCAAUGGAAUGGUAUUUGACCUUGAAAAGCAUUCUACUCUUUACGUUAAUCUUGCCAAAUCAAACCCCAAAUCUAAGCGUUCAAGAACAGGCAAGUGUUCAUAUGAUGGUUGGGAAAAUUUGAAAAAGACGAAGUCAUGGAGCGCCACUCCUGAAUCUGGUUUUGGCAGCUUUCACACUCCUGGAAUGAGUAGUUCUGCUUACAACACAUUUGGUUAUUCACCUGCACAAAGUCAAGGAAUCGCUAAUGUUGCGGGGAGGGCAACGAAUACUGGAAAAUCUAACAAGGCUGCAGAACCUUGUCCAACACUUUUCAUAGCUAACAUGGGACCAAAUUGCACCGAAUCUGAGCUAAUUCAAGUUUUCUCGAGAUGCCGUGGAUUCUUGAAGCUGAAAAUUCAGGGCACAUAUGGGACUCCUGUUGCAUUUGUGGAUUUCCAGGACGUGAGCUGCUCGAGUGAAGCACUACGUACUCUUCAAGGCACAGUGCUUUACUCAUCCCUCACUGGUGAGGGUUUGAGGCUGCAGUAUCCUUCACUACUAUACCUAUGUUUUUCCUUUGUUUCUUUUCUUGUGGGACUUUACUGCUAA